AUGGUCACCGUCAUGCCCGGAGCACGCUCAAGACCAGCGGCAGAGACAAGCCCCAUGGGAGCCGUUACGGUGGACUCUGCAGCUUCAGAUCCUCAGGAGAUGGUCAACUCCAUGGGCCUUGUGUUGCUAGAAAGCAGCAAUCAACCUCGAUUUAUGGGCACGAGCAGCGGUGUCACAUUCGCCAAGAUGGUUCUCGCAGCUAUUAAAGACGACGCAUUCACUCCCCAUGAUGGGCCGGUUGGACAGUCAAAGCCACAUCCAAAGAUUUUAGCUCCGUCCACUGCACACGCUGCGGCAUCUUUCCCCCCACGCCAUGCAGCAGAGCAUAUCGUCAGUGUCUACUUUUCGUACAGAACACCCCACGUUCCCGUCUUAGUGCGUUCCCGAGUGGAAGAGGUUAUGAACCGCGUGUAUGGUUCCAAGGAAACUUCGGCAAGUAGCUUAUCCAGCGUUCACGAAAGAGACAUGUUCAUUGCCAACAUUGUUUUCGCGGUCGGUCUCCAUGGCAUGCCUGUCGCUGGAGGUGGUCGGCCAUCCCAGAGUGAGACCUGCUUUCAUGCAGCUCUGAAUUGCGUGGAGGGGUUGUUAGCCUACUCUCCAAGUGAUCUGGAGACCCUCACCGUGGUUUUACUUCUAGCUCAAUAUAUCGAGCUUAAUCCUUCGCAGGGAAGCUUGUGGCAGCUGACCGGAUUUGCGCUCCGUCUCGCUAUCGAUCUUGGUUUGCAUUGGGAAACAAACAAUAUUUUGGCUAUGCCGGACCCUCUUUUAAAUCAAAGACGAAGACUGUAUUGGGCCACAUAUCGCUUUGAUCGAUAUCUCUGCAUCACGCUUGGAAGACCAUUUGGUAUUGCCGAGUUGAGCAUGAAUUCCAAAUUCCCAGAUCCUUAUAUCUCCGAGACUCAGCCGCAGGGUGAGGUGACAACCUUGGAGAUACACAAUCAGUUUUGCUCAAAUCACUUUCUCAAACUAUAUACUCUGGAAUCAGAGAUUAAACACGUCCUCUACCACCAGCUCCAAGGCUCGUCUUUAGCAUACCCUCGAGCCAACUACGAGCUAUGGUUUCCAGAGAUACAAAGCCGGCUCCGUUCAUGGAAAGAUGAGAUUCCUACGACUGGGAACGAGACCGACAGCAUAUACUCGUUGCCUAGCUGGUGGGAGGCACAUUAUUGCAAUGCGUUGUUGCUGCUUCACCGGCCUACCCCUAGAGUGCCACGGCCCACGAAGUCAUCUCUCCAGGUUUGCUUUGACGUGGCUCGUCAAGCCAUCCAGUCUAUCAAGACAUUGCAACGAGAGGGGAGGUCAGACGAGGUUCGCACGGCUGCCUCCAUCGUCGAGGUUAUGACCGCCAGUCAGGACUGCGCAAGCACCUUGUCCGCCCUUGCCGAGCGCUUUGCAGACGCUGUUGCCGGGAUGGGUCUGCAAUUGGAGAAGCCAGGCACCCGCCUACACUUGGAAGUGAGAUGGACUGUUUGA